AUGUUGGCCUGGGUGCUGUGGUUUCUCCCUUUACUCAGCAAAUUCAGCCUGGCAGUUCUGCCAGCUAAGCCUGAGAACAUUUCUUGCAUCCUUUAUCAUAGGAAAAAUUUGACUUGUAAUUGGCAUCCAGAGAAAGAAGCCAAGUAUACAUGGUACAAUGUGAAGAGGACUUACUCUUAUGGGAAAAACAAUGAUAAUUGUACAACUAAUAAUUCUAGAAGUGAAGAUCAUGUUUCAUGCUCUUUUCAUUCAAGAAUAACACCACCAGAUAUUUAUACCAUUCAAGUGGAAGCUCAAAAUGCAGAUGGUAUGAUUAAAUCUAAUACAACUAAUUGGAGCUUGGAAACCAUUCUGAAAACCGAACCACCUGAGAUUUCCAGUGUGAACCCAGUUUUGGACAUCAAAAGAAUGGUUCAAAUAAAAUGGACAAGACCUAUGGUUCCAUAUGUUUUAAAAUACAGACUUCGAUUCAGAACAGUAAAUAGUACCCACUGGAUGAAUGUUGACUUCAAAGAAGAGUCCGGUGAAGUUGCAAUGUACAACCUCACAGGACUGCAGGCUUUUACAGAAUAUGUUGUAGCUCUGCAAUGUGUGGCAGAGAAGUCAAUGUUCUGGAGUGACUGGAGCCAAGAGAAAAUGGGAACAACGAAGGAAGAAGCUCCCCAUGGCCUGGAUCUGUGGAGAGUCCUGGGACCAGCCCAGGUGGAUGGAAAAAGACUAGUGCGGUUGUUAUGGAAGAAGGCAAGAGGAACCCCGGUCAUGGAGAAAACACUUGGCUACACUAUAUGGUACUUUCCAGAAAACAACACUAACCUCACAGAGACGAAGAAUACUACCCAACAGCAACUCGAUGUGUAUCUGGAAGGCAAGGCCUAUUGGGUGUUUGUGAUUUCUUAUAAUUCUCUCGGGAAGUCUCCAGUGGCCACCCUGAGGAUUCCAGCUAUUAAUGAAAAGUCGUUUCGCUGCAUUGAGGCUGUGGAGACCUGCCUCACUCAGGACCAGGUGGUGGUGGUGUGGCAAAGCUCCACUCAGGAGGUGGACUUAUGGGUAAUCGAGUGGUUCCCAGAUGAGGACCCCGAGCCCUCUACCUUCUCCUGGGAGUCUGUGUAUAUGGCCAGGAACUGGACCCUCCAACAAGAUAAAUUAAAACCUUUCUGGUGCUAUAACAUCUCUGUGUAUCCAGUGUUGCAAGACCGUGUGGGCGAGCCAUAUUCCAUCCAGGCUUAUAUCAAAGAAGACAUUCCAUUGGAAGGUCCCAAGGCCCAGGUGGAGAACAUUGGCAUACAGACAGUCACAGUCACAUGGAAAGAGAUUCCCAAGAGUCGGAGAAGAGGUUUCAUCAGCAACUACACCAUCUUUUACCAAGCUGAAGGAGGAAGGAGAUUCUCCGAGACCGUCAACUCCAGCAUCUUGCAGUACGACCUGGAGUCCCUGACACGGAAGACCUCUUACUAUGUUCAGGUCAUGGCCAGCACUGUUGCUGGGGGCACCAACAGUACCACGAUCAACUUCAAGACGUUGUCAAUGAGUGUCCUUGAGAUUUUCCUUAUAACUUCUCUGGUUGGAGGAGGCCUUCUUGUUCUCAUCGUCCUGACGGUGGCAUAUGGACUCAAAAGACCUAACAAACUGAAGCACCUGUGUUGGCCCAAAGUCCCCAACCCCGCUGAAAGCAGUAUAGCCACAUGGCAUAGAGAUGAUUUCAAGAAUAAACUAAAUCUGAAGGAAUUUGAUGACUCUGUGAACAUGGAAGAAGACAGGAUUCUAAAACCAUGUUCUGCCCCCAGUGACCUAAUUGACAAGUUGGUGGUGAAUUUUGAGAAUUUUCUGGAAGUUUCCACAGAGAAACCUAGCAAGGGUCAGGAAAACAUUUUGGGAGAGGAAAAUGAGUAUGUGACCUCUCCUUACAGGCCUUAUUGUCCCCUUGAGAAGAGUUUUGAGGAACCACUCACUUCAACUGAAAUUACUCCUGAAAAAUCCCAACACUUGGGUUCUGAAAUGCCAGGGAGGACCUGCUCAGAAGCCAGAGAACAACUUCUCUUUUCUGCUCAGAGUUUAAAGCCAGACCAUUUUUGUGAGCAAGAAACACCAAAUCCUUAUUUGAAAAAUUCAGUGACAACGAGAGAAUUUCUUGUGUCUAGAAACUUCCAGAUCAAACCAAAAGAGACAGGUGCCAAUAUGGCCUGA